AUGGAUGCACACCGCCAAGAUCCGGAGUUAUUCUAUGUUAAGCAGGACAGAAUUGGCAAAGGCUCGUUCGGAGAGGUGUAUAAGGGGUUCGACAAACGGACGCAGAAGACCGUCGCCAUCAAAAUUAUAGACCUUGAGAGUGCCGAAGACGAAAUUGAGGACAUCCAACAGGAGAUCCAAAUCUUGUCGCAAUUGGAUUCGCCCUAUGUUACGAAAUAUCAUGGCUCGUUUCUCAAAGGCUCACACCUAUGGAUUGUCAUGGAAUAUUGUUCCGGUGGUUCAUGCUCAGAUCUGAUGAAGCCAGGUGUGUUUCGUGAAGAAUAUAUCGCGAUCAUCGUUAGGGAGCUGUUGAAGGGUUUGGAUUAUCUGCAUACGGAGGGGAAGCUCCACCGAGACAUCAAGGCCGCUAAUAUCCUCCUUUCCGCCAACGGCGACGUUAAGUUGGCGGAUUUUGGCGUCUCUGGGCAAUUGUCCGGCACGCUUUCAGCGAAGAAGAAUACGUUCGUCGGCACGCCGUACUGGAUGUCGCCAGAGGUCAUCAAGCAGAGUGGAUACGACCACAAGGCGGAUAUCUGGAGCUUGGGGAUCACAGCUAUCGAGUUGGCAAGGGGCGAACCACCCUACGCAGAGUUGCAUCCCAUGAAAGUACUCUUUCUGAUUCCCAAGAAUCCUCCCCCAACUUUGGAAGGCCCUUAUUCCAAAUCUUUCCGGGAGUUCGUGUCGUACUGCUUACAACGUGAUCCCCGAGACCGUCCGACCGCUCGUGAAUUGCUGAGGCACAAGUUCGUCAGAAUGGCGAAGAAGACCAGCUACCUGACAGAGCUGAUCGAACGGCACGAACGGUGGAAAGCCGAAGGCGGCGAGAGAGUCGAAGAGGAGGAACGGAGCCACGUCGAAGAUCUGUCCGCCGGGCAUGAUCCAGAAGACCUGUGGGACUUCGGCACUGUCCGUCACGCUGCCACCAUCGGCCGAGCGCAGCCCAAUCCUGUGCAGGUGUCCGGUCCCCCGCUUACGUGGGAGAUCAACGGAGCGACCCCCUCGGACGACUCCAGUGGAUCCGGCUCGUCCUUUGCGCGCACUCGACGAGAUAUCUCGGCGUCGGGAUCUUCCUCACAGACAGCAUCCAUUAACUUCAAGGGUGAUCUCCCGCCUCUCCCGCCAUCUGCUCCGCCGACGCCCAAGAAAGCUGACCAGCAGGCGACGAUCCGGCAUGGGGGCAGCAUAAGUCUGUCGCGCGAGCCGUCGGACGAGUACGACGACGCCUACGAUAUUACCGAGCCAGCACUUGCCCCAAUGGCCGCAUCCAAUGGUGUGACAGAGGACGAGUUGCCGGACACGACGAUGCUCGACUCAGUCGUCCUGCCCGCUAUCGCGACCUUGUUCCCUCGUGUUUCCACCCAAGAGGCGCGAGUGGCUCUCAGCGCCCUGCAGCGUGCAUUCACAGAUGCUGAACGUAUCAUUCCUGGAGUGACCAUGGAAUUGAUCAACGAGAUCGUGGAUUCGGUCGAACACGUGGAGGACCCAUAA